GGCUUAGAUACAAAGCCGUUGGUAGUCUUCUCUCUUGUUUUUCUGCUGUUCGUCGUCUUAAUCGCCUUCCAUACCAAAACCCUCACACACCAAACACACAGACUCAUAUCUACUGCGUGCAGCAUAAUCUACAAACCUUCUGGGUAUUGACUAGCGUUUGAUCAACUACGGUUGUUGAUCUAUUUGAAUUAUACCUAAUUUGGGAAUUGGAAAGAGGUCUUUCCUAAUCUUACUUUGAUUCGAUUGUUGAUGAGAUAUGGCGAAUUACCAUGGGGAUUUCAACCAAAAGAUUGAUUAUGUGUUUAAGAUCGUACUUAUUGGGGACUCAGCGGUGGGGAAAUCUCAGUUGUUGGCUCGGUUUUCUAGGAAUGAGUUCAGUUUAGAUUCGAAGGCGACGAUUGGUGUUGAGUUCCAGACGAAGACUAUGGUCAUCGAUCACAAGAACGUCAAGGCUCAGAUUUGGGAUACUGCUGGUCAAGAAAGAUACCGAGCGGUGACAAGCGCGUACUACAGAGGAGCUGUGGGAGCAAUGCUGGUAUACGACAUAACGAAACGUCAAUCGUUCGAUCACAUAGCCAGGUGGCUACAAGAGUUACGUGGCCAUGCAGAUAACAACAUCAUCAUCAUGCUCAUUGGAAACAAAUCCGAUUUGGAUUCACAACGUGAUGUGUCCAUGGAGGAUGCUAAAGAGUUUGCUGAAAGAGAAGGUCUCUUUUUCAUGGAAACAUCUGCCCUUGAGGCCACAAAUGUGGAGCCCGCUUUUCUUACAAUCCUUACAGAAAUUUAUCGAACAGUUAGUAAGAAAUCUCUUGUUGCAAAUGAGGAAGCUGAGGGGAAUUCUGCCCUUCUCAAGGGGACAAAUAUUCUUGUCCCAGGUCAAGAACAGCCUGUGUAUGGAGUAAGCAAGUUUGGGUGUUGUACAUCUUCAUAGAACAUGUAUUCAGGUCUUUCUUUUCCACAACAGUUAACUUUUUGAUGUCAAUGCUGCUACUUUUUCGUGUAAAAAAUGGCUGACUUUUAAAGAAACUUAUCAACCACGUUACAAUUCAUGUC